UUGUGCCUAAAUCAAGAAAGUCCAAAGGGAAUUGGAGGGUUGUGAAUAAUCCAUCUGCACCGCACACGCCCAAUCACCGUCCUCCCCCAUCUUCACUCGAUUCCCAUUCCGAUGCCCGGCCUCCUUUUCUUUUCCACCCUUCAUUUUUCAUUUUCCUUCUCUUUCUCCCCCUCAUUUUGCUAUAUAUUGCCUCCUCCCAACUUUCGAAUUCCCUUCCCUCUCUCCCUCUCUCCCUCUCUCCCUCUCCUCCGCCGGAUUCUUCUUUCUUUUCUCUUCCCUCACAUCCAAUUUGUUUCCUUCAUAUAGAUGCUAGAAAUCUUAUCGUUAACGCUUCAGAUUGAUGUCUCCAGUUCUCAGUGAAAUCCUCCGCUCCGGUUUCAUCAUAACCUCUUCUCUCCGCCGCCGUACCCAUUUAGUUCAGUCUUUCUCCGUCGUAUUCCUCCACUGGUUCUACGUCUUCUCAUGAACCAUUUCCCCUCACUCCCAUUCUAGUGUAUUUUUAGUUUGAUCUCUUCUUAUAUAUUCCCAAAACAUCAAAACCAACCCCCCACCCCUGAAUUUAGCUUCUGGGUCUAUCAAUCAAGUGUAAAUAUAGAAAUCUCUCUCUAUAUAUAUAUAGUUAUAUAUAAAUAUAAUAGUGAUUUAAGUGUUGUGUUAUUGUCGUUGUUUUGUUUUUGUUAUGGACUGUUGUAGUGGGAAUUCUUCAGGUUCAUUAUCUCAGAUUGCGGUUCAGAACCAGAGCUCUGGUUCUGAAGAAGAGCUGAGGCAAUUGCUGGACCAAAGGAAAAGAAAACGAAUGCAAUCGAAUCGGGAAUCGGCGAGGAGAUCGAGGAUGCGAAAACAGCAGCACUUGGACGGGCUGAUGGCGCAACUGAGUCAGCUUAGGGAAAACAAAAACCAAAUCAUUUCAAGAAUUAAUCUCGCGACCCAACUCUUUCUCAACGUUGAGGCACAAAAUUCUGUUUUGAGAGCGCAGGUUGUGGAACUUACCCAUAGCUUAGAGUCCCUAAACCAGAUCCUGUCCCACAUCGUCGACGACAACAACCACCACCACCAAGAAGAACAACAUAAUUUUCUUCAAAACUUUUAUGAUUUUGAUCAAACCCCAUUGUUCAUCAACUCCUUUUUCCUCACCCAACAGCCCAUUGUGGCUUCUGCUGAUCAUCACGUGCUUCACUACUGAUCCACUUCCGCCAUUGAUUUAAGGAAGCCUCUAGUUUAAAUCUUAAUCUAAUAUCUUCUAUGCUUUGUGUUCAUGGAUUGGAAUCAGAUCAGAUCGGUCAAUCGUAGGGAAUUUUGAAGUGAAACAUAUUUAUAUUAAAUAAAUUCUAGUUUCAUAUAA